AUGAAAUCUUCCCAUUCAGGGAAAUCUUCCCGCUCAGACAGUCUAGAUUUGAGCAGCCAUGGGGAUAAUCAGACGUUUGUCCCUUUCACAAGUACAUCCUAUCAAAGGCUUCUAGAUAGAGAGCGGGUGCGAAAAGUUUUAGAAAUUAAGCGUGCUAAAUAUGCGAAUAUUGCUCACAUUGUUGAUGGAGAGUUGAGGUUUGGUGCUAAAGAAGAUGACCUCCUUUUACCCGAGGAGAACCCAGACUUGAGGGAAGGAAGCAUGUUUACAAAGUCUUAUGGUACUUUUCCUCCACACUUGCUGGGUGUUCCAAUUGAGGAGAUUGAUCCGGGUAUCAGGGAGAAGACAUUUGUUGUCAUCAGUUCUCGGUACAAAAAGAAGUACAUAAAUAGAUUUUCAGCAACUAAAUCGCUGUUCGUAUUCACUCCCUGGAAUCCUGUGCGGAAAUUUACAGUGGCAAUUUCUACUCAUCAACUCUUUGAUGUUUUCAUCUUCUUGACGAUCAUUGUCAACUGCAUCUUUCUGGCCAUGACUCACGAUCAAACAGUUGAAGUAAUGGAGUAUGUGUUUCUGGGUAUUUACACAUUAGAAUGCAUCAUAAAAAUUGUGGGGAGAGGAUUUAUCAUCGGUUCAUAUACUUACAUGCAUGAUCCCUGGAAUUGGCUGGACAUCUUUGUGAUUUUCAUAGCAUUUUUAACCAUCUUAGUGCAGGCUAUUUUCCCCUCCAUGCCAGUAAAAGAUACGAAAGGUCUUCGCACUUUCCGAGUUUUACGGGCUCUUAGGACAGUUUCCAUUGUACCUGGUUUGAAAACCAUUGUUAGCGCCUUAGUACAGGCCUUCAAGAUGUUAAUUGAGGUGAUGCUUCUGACAAUGUUUUGCCUCAUGAUAUUUGCAAUAUUUGCCGUCAAGGCCUUUGCCGGAGCAUUGAGGCAGAAGUGUGUGCUGAAUGUGACGGGAUAUGAGGAUAGUUUGUCGCAGACAUACGAUGAUUAUUAUGUUCAGUGGAUCAGAAACUCAAGCAAUUGGUAUAAAGAUUCUGAAAAUCAGCAUGCUGUGUGUGGAAACAAUACAGGGGCGGGACUGUGCCCGCAAGGAUAUAUAUGCAUUCCUAAUGUUGGAGACAACCCCAGGAAUGGCUUUUUAAACUUUGAUCACUUUGGCUGGGCAGCUCUGGCAUCCUUUCAGUUGAUUGCGUUGGAUUUUUGGGAGGAUAUUUACAAUAAGGUUGUGAGAGCCAAAGGCCCAUGGAGUAUCAUCUUCUUUAUUAUUGUAGUAUAUUUUGGGUCAUUUUUCUUGAUGAAUCUGAUGUUAGCUGUUGUCUCAAUAUCAUAUGAGGAGGAGGCUCUGAAAGCUGGAAAGGAACGAGAACGAGAGAAAAAGGAAAAUGCUCGCAAAAAAACAUGCAGCAUACCAUACUUCCGCGUAUA